GAAAGAAAGGAGUUCCAAAAACAUUUUCAGGCUGCUACGAAAGAGCAGAAGGUGGUGGAAUUGAUGUUGGAUGAACUUGAAAUGAUACAUGAAAAGGCGACCGACAAAAUUUCACACUUAGAAAGUGAGGUAAUGACCUGUCAUAACUUCUUUAAGCUCUCACUUAUCAUAGUUCUGAUAAGAAGUGGACAGAGGUAUAUUUGGAAAGACGAUAAUAUACCUAAAGCAAGAUUGAUCGAACUUUUAGAAUCUGGGUUAAAAUCUGGUCUCCGCUCUCUUAGUUCUGAAGUAUCAAAAGAUGAAGAUGAUAAAGAUGUCGCCAAAACUCUUGAUGAACAGAGAGAGAUUGCGAUUUCCCGAAGUCUAUUCAGUACCUUGUUGUCACUUUUGGUUGGAAUGAUUAUAUGGAAAGCUGAAGAGUCUCACUUGUGCCUGGUUAUGGCACUCUUGUUUGUGGUUAGCAUCUCAUUAAAGAGCGUUGUUGAGUUUUUCACGACCAUAAAGAAUAAACCUGCCUUGGAUGCUGUUGCUCUUUUGAGCUUCAACUGGUUCAUACUUGGAAUACUUGCUUACCCGAUGCUGCCAAAUAUUGCUCGUUUGCUUGUUCCUCUGACCUCGAGGUUUGUUGGACAAAUAGUGGAAUGGUUUGGUUUCUCCAUUUUCUGAUCCAUUCUAAACUACUUCCUGCAACUCGAGAGGUACAUCACCUAAUCCCAUUAGACAUUGGAUCAUAAAACUUUAUCUUCUAGUCGUGAAUUUUCCACGUAGCAUGCGAUACAUAGGAGUUCAAAAGUUGUUUAUUCAUCUUUACCAUGAUCUCAAUGUGAAUUUUCAAUAUUGUUUAUAACUUGUACAUUGGUUAGACUAUCUACUUUAAUGUAACUUAUUUAUUUGUUCACUUCUUCUCUGACUAUGAGUGAUCCGUUCUCACGUCUUUCCAAGCUUUAUGCAAUUGAUUAAGUUUCUAUAUAGAAAGCCCACAAUUAUGAGUCAUCACAUUUGGGGACUUUUAUGAUGUAUUGGGCUCUAUCAUUGGAUCAAGCCGUGGGUGCUGAUGCUCAUCUUCACUACCAUAAUUUCAGCAGGUUGAAGUCGUGUGUGCUUUUGCUGGCCUACAUGGGUCGGGUCGGGUGGUUGUUGUUGACAACCAUAGCUACCAUAUUAUGAAGGCCUUUCUUCCAAAGAAAUGAGUAUAACCAAUCCCAAUGGGACUUUAAAUUGUUGUUAUAAUUGUUUUGAAUGGAAGGACAGAUGUGUGGCUGGGGCUGUUCAUUGAAUAAAGUCCACAGUUUUGUCUUAAGCUUUAGACUCAAAAGUGGAUUCUUCUUGAUUUAGGUCUGUGCUUUGAUUCAUUAAAUGUUUGGUUUUGGAUGCUUGGCUUGUAUUUUGCCACAUUACUUUGCCUCUCAUUGUCUUUAUUCUUGCGAUAUUGGUUGGCCGACUUGUCAGUUAAAAUGCUCUGGGGACCAGUUUUUGUUCUUUAUUACUCUUUGCUAAUAAGCACAAUAUUGGAGAUAACUCCUUGAUACUCUAAAUUAUUGGUUGAGUUGAGAAGUGUCGUAAUCAGCUAGAAGUUUUAACUAGAUGGUGAUGCUUUGCUAGUUGAACUUGGUCGAAAUAUUAGUUCCUAUUCGAUAGGGUUAAUUGUGUCAUUUGGUUCUUGCAUGGUACACCAUAUUGCAUAAGGUUUGAAUUGGGUUUAGGCUAACGUGUUAUAUCGUGGUCGGUCGAGGAUAAUACAUGUUUCAAAGGAAAAAAAUUCUAUGGUAUCACUAUUGAGUGUUUACAUAAUGUUUGAACUGUGUUUAAGCUGACGUCUUGUGUUGUAGUCAGUCGAGGAUAUACAUGUUACGAAGCGGAGAAAUACUCUACGGUAUCACUAUGGAGUGUUUAAACGAGGACUAUGUUACUUACUUGACUCAAAUUGUUUCUAAAGGCGGAAACUAUUCUUAUGGAUCAAUACAAGUCGUUUUACAUAUAUGUUUUGUUUAACAUAGAAUUGUUCCUAGCUUUGUUACGAAGGUUAUCUGAUUGAGUCGCUUGAAAAUAAGCUAUACUUUAUUGGUUCUUUUAAAUUUAUCUAUAAUUUUGUAUUUUUCAACAUUAUUCUUAUUUAAA